AUGGUGAAGUCAUUCUCAAAAUCCAAGCGACAGCCGGUCCGUCUGCGGCACAAGAUCGAGAAAGCGGGUGCCGCAAAACAGAGAAAGCUGAGGAAAGAAUCCAAGAAGAACCCUCAAUGGAAGUCACGGUUAAAGAAGGACCCUGGAAUCCCCAAUCUCUUUCCUUACAAGGAUAAGAUCUUGGAGGAGAUCGAAGAGAAGAAACGACGGAAAGCUGAAGAUGCGCAAAGACUACGAGAUGCGGCCAGAGACAAAAAGAAGCAGGCUGCUCAGGCUUUGGCAGGGGAGGUAGAGGACGACUUAAUGGACGAAGACGAAGACUUGCUCGAGGAGGACGACGAAAUGGACGACAGUGAUGCUGUCGAUAGUUCGAAUCCCAUGGCCGCGCUCUUAGCGUCGGCACAAGCCAGGGCCACCGAGUAUGGCGAUGAUCCGCACGGCGACGUUGAGGACGAAUCAGACCAGGACGACGGUGGCAUACAAAUCUCAGAAGUUGUGGCCACUGACCACCGCAACCCGGACUCGUCAAGAAAAGCUUUCGACAAAGUCUUCAAGCAGGUACUUGACGCAGCAGAUGUGAUUCUGUACGUACUAGAUGCGCGAGACCCAGACGGCACUCGAUCGAGAGAGGUUGAGCGGCAGAUCAUGGCGGCAGCGUCUGGUUCAAAGCGGCUUGUAUUGGUGCUGAACAAGAUUGAUCUUGUGCCCCCAAAGGUCCUCAAGGGCUGGCUCACCCACCUCCGGCGAUAUUUCCCCACAGUCCCUCUCCGAGCUUCGACUCCCGCAUCGAACGCGCACACCUUCGACCACAAGCAGCUUACCGUCAAAAACACCUCCGAAACCCUCCUCCGCUCCUUGAAAACCUACGCUGCAUCAAAGAACCUCAAGCGCUCUAUCUCCGUCGGUGUCAUUGGAUACCCCAACGUUGGCAAGUCUUCCGUCAUCAACGCACUCACGUCACGACUCAGUCGAGGACAAAGUUCAGCAUGCCCAACUGGCGCAGAAGCUGGAGUUACCACGAGUCUGAGGGAAGUCAAAGUGGACAGCAAACUCAAAGUGCUCGAUUCACCUGGCAUUGUGUUCCCAUCGAGCACCGAGGGUGACGACAGACAGGCCAAGCAGAAGAAGAAAGCUGAGCACGAGGCCCGUCUAGUGCUGCUGAACGCGUUACCACCAAGCCAGAUGUCAGACCCGCUACCUGCCGUUAGUCUGCUGCUUGAACGACUCUCUCAAUCGGAGGCUCUAUAUGAAAAGCUGCUCCAACAUUUUGGCAUCACAGCGCUCGGGCCAUUUGGAGGUGACACCCAGACAGACUUUCUGUUGCAAGUGGCACGCAAACGGGGCAGGCUAGGGAAAGGCGGUGUACCCAAUCUCAACUCAGCGGCGAUGGCAGUCAUCACAGACUGGAGAGACGGUCGCAUACAAGGCUGGGUGGAGCCACCUGUUCUACAGGUCGCGGCUGAUGCGGAGAUGGAAGGGGAGGCUGAUAUUGCCAACGCGAGCAGUGGAGAUCGCAAGCAGAUCGUGAAGGAGUGGGCGGCGGAGUUCAAAUUGGACGGUCUAUGGGGUGAUGAUAACGCCGCUGAUACGAAUGCUAUGCAAGUCGAGCCUUGA